UUUAACUUUAACUUGAUAAUUUCUUCUUAUGUUCUCACAACUCUCUCCGUCUCUUAAACCCUACCACAAGAAACGUACAGAGAGAAGAUAUGGAAGUUUUUGUUGAUCAUUACAUUGUUCUUGGAUUGCCAUCUGGAGAAGAAGGAAUCAAGACUUCGGAGAAAGAGAUAACGAAAGCAUACCGAUCAAAGGCUUUGAAAUUGCAUCCAGACAAGAGCCAUGAUAACCCUGAUGCUGUCAAUGAUUUUCAAAGGCUGCAAUCAUCUUAUGAAAUCCUUAAGGAUGAAAACAGUAGGAGAGAUUUUGACGCUGAUCUCUUGAUUCGUAUACGACAACAAAAGGUUAAAGAAAACCGUAGGAGGAAGAUGUCUGAGCGUGAAGAAAGAAGUUAUCGGACGACAAUGGCUAGAGUUGAAGAAAUAAAGAUCAUGAAUAUGAUGCAUGAACGUGAAGAAAUAGAUCGUGUCAGAAUGAUGUCUGCUAUGGAAGAAAGUAAGCGUAUGAGAAGGAGGUAUAUUCCUGAUGACAAAACGCGUGCUCGGUUGAUGAAUAAUUUGAUGAGGUAAGAGAAUAUGUGAUUUAUGAGUUCCAAAAUAACACUAUAUGAUGUUUUUGACAGUUUUAUGUAUGUUCCUUGGAUCUUGUGGCAGGAACUGGACGAGUCAGUUUUUUUGUGCAUAGUUAUCUAUAGCGUCUUAACUUUCGGUUUGGUUCAACCCAGUGGCGGACUUACAAUGUUAGUAGAGGUAGCACGGGCUACCCUUCAACCCCGCCUCCGUAGUGUAAAAAUACCGCUUAACUUCGUUUCCGUAGUGUGAAAA